AUGUCUGCAACUAGACCAGAGUUGAAAUUCUCUGAUGUGUCAGAGGAAAGAGGAUUCUACAGAAAAUUUGUUUCGUUACCAGAUAAACCUCCAUCUACAGUUCGUGUCGUAGAUAGAGGAGAUUAUUUUACUGUAGUUGGAAUCGAUGCUAUCUUUGUUGCCGAAUCUAUUUAUCAUACAAACUCUGUGUUAAAGAACUGCAACGUUGACCAAUUGACCGCAAAGAGCUUUACCGAACCUUGUCAAUAUGUAACAAUUUCACCACAAAUUUUGGCUAAUUUAUUAAAACAUUGUUUAUUGGAUAUAGGUUACAAGGUAGAAAUAUAUGAUAAAAACUGGAAACUACUGAAAAAUGCGUCCCCUGGUAAUAUCGAGCAGGUCAGUGAUUUGCUAAAUAUUGCUAUUAACACAUCCAUAGUCAUUGCAAGUUUGAAGAUACAAUUGAAUUCCAAGGACGGAAAUAGUACACUUGGUAUUGCAUUCGUAGAUACCACUACAUUAAAGAUCGGGAUGUUGGAUAUUGUUGAUAAUGAAGUCUAUUCCAAUCUAGAGAGUUUUUUGAUUCAACUAGGUGUUAAGGAAUGCGUUGUACAAGACUUAACCAAUAUCGAAUCCUCCAAGAAUGAAAUGAAAAAGAUUACUGGAGUUAUAGAUCGUUGUGAUUGUGUUGUCACAUUUGUCAAGAGUUCUCAAUUCCAAGAAAAAGAUGUUGAACAUGAUCUAGCAAAAUUAAUCGAUAAUGAGCUGGCCCUAUCUUUACCACAAAAGUAUUCAAAUUUAGCAAUGGGUGCCUGUCAUGCCCUUCUAAAUUAUUUGCAAUUAUUGAAUAAUCAGGAAUAUCUUGGGAAUUUUGAAUUAACAGAACAUUCCUUGAAAGAAUUUAUGAAAUUAGAUGCAAGUGCUAUUAAGGCGUUGAAUAUUUAUUCUCAGGGACCAGUACAGCCAUUUGGCCCAUCUUCAGCAUCCAAUAUUUUUAAUUCAUCAUCUAAGGGCAAAAUCACUUCAUUAUUUCAAUUGCUUAAUAAUUGUAAAACAAAUGCUGGUGUGAGAUUAUUGAAUGAAUGGUUGAAACAGCCUUUAACCAAUAUCGAUAAUAUUCAUAAAAGACAUGAUUUAGUAGAAUGUAUGGUGGAUCAGUUAGAAUUAAGACAAAUUCUUCAGACAGAUUUUCUCCCAUUGAUUCCGGAUGUACGUAACUUAACCAAGAGAUUAAAUAAAAAUGGUAAUUUAGAAGAUGUCCUGAAAAUUUAUCAAUUUACUAGAAGGAUACCCGAUAUUAGUCAGUUAUUGCAAUCCCACAUAGAUGACAAUAGCGAUAUUAGUGAUGAACUACGCCAAUUAAUAAAUGAAAGUUGGGUUCAGCAAUUAACUAACCAUUUAGAACCAUUAUCCAAAUUACAAGAGAUGGUUGAAACGACUGUAGACCUUGAUGCAUAUGAAGAGAAUAAUGAGUUCAUGAUUAGGGUUGAAUUUAAUGAGGAUUUGGCCCAUAUUAAAACCAAACUUGACGAAGCUAAGGGUAAGAUUAAAGAAAUACACCUUGAAGCAGCUGAUAAUCUAGGAUUUGACCCUGACAAGAAACUUAAGUUGGAGAACCACCAUCUUCAUGGCUGGUGUAUGAGAUUGACCCGAAAUGAUGCCAAAGAGUUACGUAAGCAUAAGGAGUAUGUUGAAUUAUCUACAGUUAAGGCAGGUAUUUACUUUAGUACCAGGGAAUUAAAAGAGAUUGCCAAAAAUACAUCUGCAUUGGAAAAGGAAUAUGAGAAACAACAAUCAUCUCUAGUUAAAGAAAUUGUCAAUAUAACUGUUACAUAUACUCCAGUUAUGGAAAAGUUGGCGCUAGUAUUAGCUCAUCUUGAUGUUAUAGUUUCAUUCGCACACAUAUCAUCAUAUGCUCCGAUACCAUACAUCAGACCUACCAUGCAUUCACUGGAUUCUGAAAGAAAAACAAAAUUAGUUGGUUCGAGACAUCCUGUUUUAGAGAUGCAAGAUGAUCUUACUUUCAUUUCAAAUGAUGUUCAUCUUGAAAAGGGAAGUGCUGAUUUCCUUAUUAUUACCGGGCCAAAUAUGGGUGGUAAAUCUACUUAUAUUAGACAGGUGGGUGUAAUAUCUCUUCUAGCUCAAGUAGGUUGUUUUGUUCCGUGUGACGAAGCAGAUAUUGCAAUUGUUGAUGCCAUUUUAUGUAGAGUUGGAGCCGGCGACUCUCAAUUGAAAGGUGUUUCAACAUUCAUGGUUGAGAUGUUAGAGACUGCAUCUAUUCUAAAAAAUGCCAGUAGAAACUCUCUGAUAAUUGUCGAUGAAUUAGGAAGAGGUACAAGUACAUACGAUGGGUUUGGGCUUGCUUGGUCAAUUGCAGAACAUAUCGCCAAGAAUAUAGGUUGUUUUACCCUUUUUGCAACACAUUUCCAUGAGUUAACAACUUUGUCAGAAGAACUACCUAAUGUUAAGAAUUUACAUGUGGUUGCACACAUAGAAGAUAAGGCUAAGGUUAACUUGGAUAAGGAUGAGAUCACCUUAUUAUAUAAAGUUGAGCCUGGUAUUUCUGAUCAGUCAUUUGGUAUCCAUGUCGCAGAAGUAGUUAAAUUUCCUCAAAAGAUUAUCAAAAUGGCAAAACGGAAAGCCGUAGAGUUAGAGAGCUUAAAGGAAGAUGAAAUAAAUUUAAAAAAGGCGAAGCUAAGUAUUACAGAGAUUAACGAGGGUAAUAUGGAACUGAGAAAAAUACUGAAGACAUGGGUUGCUGAUGCGAAGAAAGACGGUCUAGACGAUUUGUCAAAAUUGACUGAGGAAGUUUGCAGAGAUAAGGUGGAGGCAUUGAUGAAGACGAUAAUUGAAAAUGAUCAAAAUGUUGACAGUAAGUACCUCAAUUUCUUGAAGGAAUUAUUUUUAUAA